CAGCCCUACGCUCGCUUUAUUUCCCUAACAAACCCUUCAAUUGCAUCUUCGUCACAAUGGGUGGAGGUGGAAAGAUCCCGUACCCCAAGGAAGUUUGGUCCCCCUCAGGUGGUUGGUACGCCCAGCCAGCUAACUGGAGGGCCAACACUGCGAUCAUGGGCGCCUUUGUCAUUGGUGUCGCUGCUGUCGCUUUCAGCAUCAGCGCUGACCGGGAAUAUCGCGACAAGAUGCCCGAACCCGGCCGUUUCUUCCCCAGCCGAUACUGGAGCAGGCAAAUUCGGGAACACGAGAACCAAAAAGCCGCCAAGACUGACUCAUGA